AGGCGUUGUUAGCAAACAGUUAACUUCUGCCGUUUAGUUGCCGAGGCUCGUGUGUGGGCAAAUUAAAAGGAAAUAGUCUUUGUAUUUAACAUGGGUCCAAGAAAAGACUGUCUUUACAUUGAGCUGUAGUUGAUAACUGCCGAAUUAUUUCUUCUUCUUUUUUUUUUAGCUCAUAGACGGCGUUAAUUGGAAUACAAAGCUUGUUUUGUCGUAGCUAAACUUUGCUAGCUCCAAAGCUAGCCUGACUGAAUGUGUUACGUCCACCGGAGAGCCCUCUGGACUUGGAGGAAGGAAGGAAGGAAACUGAUAAGUAGGAUAACUGCGCACCUAUGCUUGUGCAAAGCUAGAACUCUAUAGGACUCUUUAGUUAACACCGCGACGCGUUUAGAAAAGGUGACUAUCUGUAGACUUCGCGUGAUAUUUGACACUGUUUGGUUAAUGAGAUAUGCUGUUAGUUGGCAUAGCUAGCUGCUAACGCCACGUCUCUGGGCUAGCUGUACAGCAGACGAGAGCUAUCCUGUUAGCCACAAACUUCCAAAGAAGUUGUGUAAGUCAGAUUUUUCUUUCUGGUUGAUUUGGUCAAGGAGCUGAACGGUGAUUAAAGCAUUUCACGGUCAGACUCUUUAACUCUGAUCUGCUGUACCACCGGGACAACCGGAGAAACUUAUGGCAUCGGAUGUGAUUGAGAGUGAAGCGGUGCUGAAGGGUGUAAGUGAUAUGAAUUUGAACAAUAGCAGCCCAGAUACUGUCACACCCAGGAGGACUCUUGAUGAUUUGGGAAACAGACAGACUUCCAGCCCGUCAUCAUCCGGUGUAUCGGGAGAAGGCGAUGACGAGGAAACAGACGAAUUGCAAAAUAGCACAGCUUCUGCUGGAGAAAAGGGCGAAGAGGAGUUUCAAGACAGUCUAACCAAAACAAGCGGUACGCCACAGGAAAGGAAGACUCCAGACAAUGUGCAGAAGCAACGAGGAAAAAGCUCUACCCCGGUGAGCGUUCCCCAACCACGCUCACCAGCUGGAGCCACUGGAAGCCUUGAACGUCAAGAGUCAGUUGCCACAACAGAAGCCCGCCUCAGAAUGGAAGGAGUUGAACUUAAGGAAGAGUGGCAGGAUGAGGACUUUCCACGGCCCCUCCCAGAGGAAGAGGAGCUUGAAGAUGAGCUUUUUGCAGAAGCUUCUGAGGCAGGAAACUCUGGCUACGCAGUGAACCAUGGCAAGAAGACUAAGAAAAAACUUGCAGCUCCAGACAUCAGUCUCACUCUUGACCGCAGUGAAGGUUCUCUUCUCUCUGACGAGCUGGAUGAAAGCACAGAGCUAGACCUCAGUGACAUGGACACGCCCUCGGACAACAGCAAUGAAUUUGAAUGGGAAGAUGAUCUUCCUAAGCCAAAACCCACAGAACUACUACAGAAAGGCGUGGAGUCAGUUCACGAGUAUUCGGCCUCAGAGGAGAGGGAAGACAGUCGACGCUGGAAGAUGCUUCGUAUUGGAGACCAGGAACACAGAGUGGACAUGAAGGCCAUUGAACCUUACAAGAGAGUCAUCAGCCAUGGAGGUUACUAUGGAGACGGUUUGAAUGCCAUAAUUGUGUUUGCUGUGUGCUUUAUGCCGGAGAGCAAUCAGCCAAAUUACAGAUACAUCAUGGAGAAUUUAUUCAAGUACGUCAUUGGCACACUGGAGCUUUUGGUUGCUGAGAACUAUAUGAUUGUGUAUUUAAACGGGGCGACCUCUCGGAAGAAGAUGCCAACUGUUGGCUGGCUUAGAAAGUGCUAUCAGCAGAUUGAUAGGAGGCUACGGAAGAACCUGAAAUCCUUGAUAAUCGUACACCCCUCUUGGUUUAUUCGCACCCUGCUGGCACUCACCAAACCUUUCAUAAGCUCCAAAUUUAGUCAGAAAAUCAAGUACGUGUACAGCUUGUCAGACCUUGCUGACCUGGUUCCAAUGGAGUAUGUGUCCAUACCAGAUUGUAUCAAACAGUUUGACGAGGAAAAAAAUAGGAAAAGCCGUAAAAGAAUCGAUCAGGACAUGCACGGCAAAGCGGAGAGCGCAGCUGCUACUGUCUCGGAAUGACCUGGCUCACGCUUCGAGGCGUGGAAGGGGAACAGUGAAGAAUGUUGAGGACUGCAGCCAUUCAUGUUUGUUUUCUGGGUGAUGGGACUCGAGGCUUCUUUGCAUCAAGAAAGUGCCUUUUUGAAAUGAUGCUGCCUGUUACAUGUUGGAAGUUUUUUGUUUUUUGCUGCAUUUCUGUGUCAACCAGUUUGAUCUGCAGCACUUCGUCCACAUGCUGUCAUAAACGUUUUAAUCCUUUUUUAUUUACUCCUGUAUCUCAUGUCAAACUAAGCGCAUUGGUUUCCCUGUAGCUACUGGUGUAUGUACACUAUUUGAGGCACUCUUGUUACAAGUGGUUGAUGCAUGUUCUACUUUAUUACAUUUAAAAUUAUAUAUUUAUAUUCAAAAGGUGUCAAAGGAAAUAAAUUAAUAUAUUUUUAUGAUGGAUCUGAUUUUAAACUGCGUGUUAGGUCACUGACUCACUGAGUGGCAUUGGAUAGAACACGUUUAAUGGCAUCUUGUUCACUGUUCACUGCUGAUGUUCUCUGUUAAAAUCCUGUCUGGGGAAAGUAAAUCAAAUUGUUUUUAUUUUAUUUUUUUUUCUAUCUUUUUUUGUUUUUUGGCCCCUCACUUGAAUGUACUGUUUUUGCUUGUUGAGGGUGAACACACAAACUAUCUGAACCAAGGAUGUAGGUCUCUAUUUUCUCAUUUUCUUCAAAGUAAAGCCAUGGAUCCAUUCUGA